AUGGAAUCAGACAAGACUGAGCGAGAAUUACCAAAUAUUCCUGCAGACAGCAUUUCUAAGCUUGCUUUUAGUCCGACUUCUAACACAUUAUUAGUAUCAAGCUGGGAUCGCUCAGUUUCUAUUUACAACACAGACUCUUGUGACUUGAUUUCUCGAUUCACAGGCAAUGCGGCGAUUCUUGACUGUGCUUUUUAUAACACCCCAAAUACCGCUGUAUGAGGUGGCUUGGAUCGGCAUCUGCAGCUUCAUGAUUUUGAAAGGAACCAUACUGAAAAUUUAGGUGACCAUGACUAUGUUAUCAAAGCAGUCCGCUUUUAUUCACAAGUAGGGCUCAUCAUAUCAGGGUCUUGGGAUUCUACAAUGAGAUCAUGGGACCCUCGAACUCAAAGCCACUGGGUUUCUACCACAAACUUGCCAGGAAAAGCUUAUUCGUUAGCUAUAAGUGAAAAUCAAGGCUACAUAGUUCUCGGGACAAAUAAAAAAGAAAUAUUGAUUUUUGACAUAAGGAAUCUUCAAGAGCCAAUUCAGCAGAAAGAGUCUCCUUUGAAAUACCAAACCAGGUACAUUGAAUGUAUGCCAAAUGGCCUGGGCUACGCUAUAGCUUCAAUAGAAGGUAGGGUAGGGUUGGAGUAUUUCAGUGCAGCCCCAGAAAUGCAAGCUAGAAACUACGCUUUUAAAUGCCACAGAAAAGAAGAAAACGGGAAAGUUUUGGUUUACCCAGUCAACACUAUUGCUUUUCACCCAGUUUUUGGGACUUUUGCAACAGGAGGAAGCGAUAACUUAGUCAAUGUCUGGGACGGGGAGCACAAGAAAAGGAUUUGGAAGCUAAAACAGUACCCAAGCCCUAUUUCUUCAUUAGCGUUUAAUAAGGACGGUAAGCAGCUGGCAAUAGGCUGCAGUUAUAUGUUUGAAGAAGGAGAUAUUCCUAAUAAACCACCUGAGAAGAUAUUUAUAAAAGAAAUCGAGGACAACGACGUGAUGCCGGCAUCUAAAGAAUAA